AUAAAAAAAAUAAAAAAUAAAAAAAUAAUUAGGGUUUUCGAAUAUCGCAUUUUCUGGAUUCGGGGUUUUUGAGAUCGCAUCGGAUUGAUAUCGGUUGAUAGAUCUUAUUCUUUCUCUUCUGCUGAAUCUCGAUACUUCUGCCUGAAACAUUGGAAGACAAACAACAGGGAAUGCUGAAAGAUGUGCUUGCUCGCCAAUAAGUCACUGUCAAAGGUAAAUGAGGUUGUAGCUCCGUAUGAGCUGCACUUGUUCAUCCUUGAUGAGAUUGGUGAGCGUAGUCUCGUCAGCCUGCACUUAGUGCAUCCACAAACGAUGCACCCAGAAAUUCAAAAAGGCCUAUUGUGGUAGUUCGCGACAUUGCUGAGGACGGUUGAAGCCAAUCUUACUUUGUGAAAAAAGCAUAGGAAGUGAAGAGUAUCGCGGUGUAAAGUAUUAGAUGUCACAAAUGGGAACCGAUCUGAAAGGGAGCAUUCUGAUGCAGAGAUACGAAGUAGGGAGAAUGCUGGGUCAAGGAACCUUCGCCAAAGUUUAUCAUGCGAGGAAUCUUAAAACUUCACAGAGUGUUGCUAUUAAGGUAAUCGACAAAGAGAAGGUUUUGAGGGUUGGGCUUAUAGAUCAGAUCAAACGGGAGAUUUCAGUUAUGAGAUUGGUGAGGCACCCACAUAUUGUUCAGCUUUACGAAGUCAUGGCUAGCAAAAACAAGAUCUACUUUGUUCUCGAGUAUGUCAAAGGCGGCGAGCUAUUCAAUAAGGUUGCAAAAGGCAAGCUCAAGGAGGACAUUGCUAGAAAAUACUUCCAGCAGCUUAUCAGUGCGGUGGACUUUUGUCAUAGCCGAGGUGUUUAUCACCGUGAUCUGAAACCAGAGAACCUCCUCUUGGACGAUAAUGAAAACCUAAAGGUCUCGGAUUUUGGUUUGAGUGCUCUUGCUGAUUCUAAGCAACAGGAUGGCUUACUACACACAACAUGUGGCACUCCAGCUUAUGUUGCACCUGAAGUCAUCAACAGAAAAGGAUAUGAUGGUGCUAAAGCAGAUAUUUGGUCUUGUGGUGUGAUUUUAUUUGUUCUCUUGGCUGGUUACCUCCCAUUCCAUGAUCCAAAUCUGAUGGAGUUGUACAGAAAAAUCGGAAAGGCAGAAUUCAAAUGUCCCAAUUGGUUCCCUUCAGAUGUACGAAGGCUUAUAUCGAGGAUCCUUGAUCCAAAUCCUGCAACUAGGAUCUCCAUUGCAAAAAUCAAGGAGAAUCCAUGGGUCAGAAAGGGAUUUAAUGACAAGCUAUUGAGAAAUGAAGCAGAAACAAAAGAGACGGCCCCCGUUGAUGUCAAUGCAGUGUUUGGUUGCUCUGCAAGUGAUGGGGGUGAAUCAAAGCAGGAGGAUGCGAAGCCUUUAAACAUGAAUGCCUUUGACAUCAUAUCGCUUUCAGCUGGAUUUGACCUCUCAGGCUUAUUCGAGGGGAGCGAACGAAGAAGAGAAGCGAGGUUUACUUCUUCAAAGCCAGCUUCAACUAUUAUCUCAAAGCUAGAGGAGAUUGCCAAGAGACUGAGGUUGAAGGUGAAGAAGAAGGAUGGAGGAGUACUGAAGAUGGAAGGGGCAAAAGAAGGAAGAAAAGGGGUGCUGGCAAUUGAUGCCGAAAUCUUCGAGGUGACUCCCUCGUUCCAUUUGGUUGAGAUAAAGAAAACUAAUGGUGACACCUUGGAGUAUCAAAAGAUUUGGAAACAAGAAAUGAGGCCGGCGCUUAAGGAUAUCGUUUGGGCUUGGCAAGGUGAUCAGUCGCAAGCUUUGCCCUCAUUGCCAGCGCCACCAACCUCUGAACAACAGGCGUGAAGGAUUUCGAGGGCUACGGUGUUCUGAUAGAUUUUAUGGAACUUCCAAUUCUCUCGUGCUUUCUUGAUGACUCUAUUAGCUAUGAUGUGUUGUUUGUGUGUUUAUUAUUGCCUGUAAUUAGUAGUUUCAAUCUUCAUUCUCAGUUGGGCAAAUGCAUUUUUGUUAUUUACAUACAUUUUGGACUGCUUCGUGUGUGAUGAGCUCUUCGACUUAA